GUGGUGGUGCACAAUAACAUGGUGCCGGUGCCCAUCGAGUGCUUCCAACCGCCCGACUCGGGCACCUGUAGCAAGGAUUUGGCGCGCGUUUACUACGAUCACGAGACCCGUACGUGUAAACCAUUUUCGUAUACCGGGUGCGGAGGGAAUGCCAACCGAUUUCAGAGUAUUAAGAACUGCUACCGUAUAUGCCAUCCCUAUAGAUACAAAAUCCGUCCAAAGGUGGCACACGGGAAGGGUAGUGGCAGACAGGCUCUCAAAAUACGACAAGUGCCCGCUCAGCACCAGUAUCAACCUCACGGGUCUGGCGGUGGCCACGAAGUGCACGGAUUUUCUGCUAUGUCCGGUAUGGGACAGGCAAAUGGCGUACAGGGAUAUGGCGCACAUGGCGGAUAUGGUUCCGGUGCUGGUUUUGGUUAUGGUGGCGGUGGUGGUUAUGGUGGCUAUGGCCAGGGACAGCAAUCGGGAAAUUAUUAUGGGAGUGGAUACCAGGGUCAGAUGCAGAAUUUUGGAGCGGAAGGUUACCAGUCUCAGAACUAUGGAGCUCAGAGUCAGGCGGCCAACUACGCGGCACAGGGAGCUCAGAGCCAAGCACAGGCGGCCAACUAUGCGGCACAGGGAGCUGGGAAUCAGGCGCAGGCAGCCGGCUUUGCAAACUUUGACGAUAUGACUAAUAAUAGGUUAGGACCUCCAGAUGGUGGUGACGAUACGGGCCAGAAAGCACCGGGCGAUCCCAAAAAAGGUAGUAUAUAUGAGAAGCAGGCAGUGAUGACACCCGAGGGGGCAAAGGUUAAGAACCAAUGGGUCGGCGACACUGAUACGAAAGGACUGCCUAACAAUUCUGGGAGUAUAUCAGUUUGA